AUGCCGUCAGCUUCAGAUGUCGUUUCCAUUAUCAGAGCCCAUCAAAUCACUCACGUACGACUCUAUGAUGCCGACUCUCAUAUGCUGAAAGCCCUUGCAGGCAGUGUCCUAGGAGUCGGACAAUCCGCAUCAACAGCAGCAGCGUGGGUCAACAAAAAUGUUGCAUCAUAUGUGCCUGCAACCAACAUUACAGCCAUUGCUGUUGGCAGUGAGGUUCUUUCCUCGGUCCCUCGUGUUGCACCAGUUUUAGUUUCUGCUAUGAACAACCUCCAUAAAGCUCUUGUUGCUUCUGAUAUGAAUUUUCAUGUUAAAGUCUCGAGCCCCCAGUCCUUGGACAUCAUCCCCAAGCCUUUCCCUCCAUCUACCGCCGUCUUUAAUUCCUCACCGAACUCUACAAUAUACCAGCUUCUUCAGUUUUUGAAGAACACUAACUCCUAUUACAUGUUAAAUGCAUAUCCCUAUUAUGGUUACACUAAUGGAAAUGGCAUAUUUCCAAUUGACUAUGCACUUUUCAAACCUCUCACUUCCGUCAAACAAAUUGUUGACCCGAACACUCUCUUCCACUAUAACAGCAUGUUCGAUGCGAUGGUUGAUGCAACCUAUUAUUCUAUGGAUGCCCUCAACUUUUCCGUGAUCCCUAUUGUUGUCACAGAAACGGGAUGGCCUUCGCAAGGUGGAGCCAAUGAACCUGAUGCCACUGUGGAAAAUGCUGGGACAUUCAUUAAUAACUUGAUCCGGCGGGUUUCAAAUAAUUCAGGUCCGCCCAGUCGGCCGAAUAUUCCCAUCAACACAUACAUUUAUGAAUUGUUUAACGAAGACAAAAGACCUGGGCCUGUCUCCGAGAAGAACUGGGGGAUGCUUUCUACGAACGGCACCGCAGUUUUUCCUUUGAGUUUGAGUGGUUCUAGUCAGACUAUGGGAAAUGCUACUGCAGUUUUCUGCGUGGCGAAAGACGACGCCAGUGAAGAUAAGUUGCAAGAUGGACUUAACUGGGCAUGCGGGCAAGGACAGACCAACUGCAGUGUUAUACAAUCCGGGCAGCUAUGUUAUCUCCCAAAUAGCAUCAAGAACCACGCAUCUUAUGCUUACAAUGAUUAUUAUCAAAAAAUGCGUAGCGUUGGCGGGACAUGCGAUUUCGAUGGGACAGCCACAGUUACCACUAAUGAUCCAAGUUACAGGCCCUGCAUAUUUACGGGAAGUUCUAAUUCUAGUGGUGGGAGAGGGCUUUUCCCUGCCGGAGAUUUUGGUCCUGUAAGUCCACUGGGAGAGGGUCCGAAGCCUUCGGUAUCAAAGAUUCAUUCUUCUCUGGAGUUCAUUGCGUUGUUCAAUGGUAGCAGCAGCGAACCAACACCAGAUUUCAAAUCCCGACCAGAAAGCAAUAUGAGAGAUCGGAUUCAGGCUGGGAUUUUUGAGAGAUUGAAAGAGAAAAAUUAG